AUGGUGGCUUCCGUGCCGACAUCGACAGUGACCACGCAUGGAGUAAACGGUGAUGUUGGUAAGGGUGAUAGGCAAGCAACCAGCCCGGGCGCUCUUGUGAUGGACCAGCCGGAAGGGGAGGUACUACGAACGGUCGAGAUGUAUGACACGACGUUGCGGGAUGGGACUCAGAUGGAGGGCAUCUCGGCUAGCGUUCUCGACAAGCUCAAGAUUGCGCUCCAACUCCACCACUUUGGGAUGCAUUACAUCGAAGGGGGAUGGCCGGGGUCUAACCCGAAGGACGUGGAGUUCUUCGAGAGGGCUAGGAAGGAGUUACCGGCCGAAGCGUGGGAGAGGGUCGUCGCUUUCGGAAGCACCCGGCGCAAGUUCAAGGCCUGUGCGGAAGACAAGCAGCUAGAAUCGCUCAUUUCGGCCGGCACUGGGUGCGUGACCAUUGUCGCGAAGGCAUGGGAUCUGCACGUGGACCACAUCCUCGAGGUUCCGCGAGAGGAGAACUUGGCCAUGGUCCGGGAGAGCGUUGAGCACCUAAAAAUGGCCGGGAAGGAGGUCAUGCUGGAUCUGGAGCACUUCUUCGACGGGUGGAAGGCUAACCGAGAGUACACGAUGCAGGUGUGCGAGGCGGCCGUCGGGGCGAAGGUGGACGUGCUCGUGCUUUGCGACACCAACGGAGGGUCUCUGCCGUGGGAGAUCGACGAAAUUGUACGCGACGUCAAGGCUGCAUACCCCGGUACUCGCCUGGGUAUCCACUGCCACAACGACCAGGGGCUGGCCGUGGCAAACUCGCUGCAGGCUGUCAGGAGCGGGGCGGAUGUAGUGCAGGGCACCGUGAAUGGGAUAGGAGAGCGGACGGGGAACGCGAACUUGAUGACCAUCAUCCCUACCCUUCAGCUGAAGAUGGGGAUGACCGGCGUCGGUGAACACUUGACCAACCUCACUGCGCUGAGCAGAUUCACCGACGAACAGUUUAACAUGGCCCAUACAUCCGGGGCUCCAUUUACCGGCAUCAGCGCGUUUGCCCACAAGGGCGGGAUACACGUCAGCGCCGUAAACAAGAUCCCUGACUCGUACCAGCACAUCGACCCCGCCCAAGUCGGAAACAUGAAAAGGGUGCUUGUCUCGGAGUUGUCAGGGCAGAGCAACAUCCUGUCGAAAGUUGAGGACUCGGGAAUGGCUAGCAAGACCGAACUCAAGGCCUCGAAAGUCUGGAGGGAACGCAUGGGACAGGUGCUGAAAACGGUCAAGCGCUUGGAGACGGAGGGGUACAGCUACGAGGGCGCGGACGCCUCCGUGAACCUUCUCGUCCGAAGAACGAUGAGCGGCUACGUCCCUCCAUUCAAGUUGCUGGACUAUCUCGUCCAAAUCUGGGACAGCGACCGUACACCCGGGGGGCUAGAGUUUCCUUCCGGCCCUACAACCGCGAGAGCCACCGUAAAGGUUCGGGUUCCUUCGAUGGAUUCAGAGGCUGAGUUGGGCAUCGAGGGGGAAAACCCAGGAGUUCGUCUCGAGGUGGCGGAAGGAAACGGACCGGUAGAUGCUUUGGCCAAAGGUCUGUUUCGGGCUCUUCUGCCGACAUUUCCUUCUCUUCAAAGCGUCAAGCUCAGCGACUACAAGGUGCGCAUCUUGGACCAAGAAAGUGCCACGCAGGCCAAAACUCGGGUGUUGAUCGAGUUUUACGAGAAGUCAUCGGAUGUCGGAUGGUCGACGGUUGGCGUAAACACGAACAUCAUUUCCGCGUCAAUGUCUGCUCUGAUGGAUGGGUUCGAGUACGCUCUGGUUGAGUUUGGCCAAAGCUGCUCAAUCGACGCCGGAACGCGAAGUUAAGAAGGAGGUUUCGCCGGGAGAACAUGUAUAUACUCGUCUCAUCUCCCCAAGUUUUGCUUCACGUGAAGUUUUGAUCUCUUGCCAUUUUUGCUCCAACUUGAGGUUGUACUGGUUGCCAACCAGAACCCAAGUUUGUUGCUCUUGUCCCCAAGUACUAUCGUGGAACCCAAUUUUCGCUUCCUGCUCCAACCCUUCGCCGGCGUUUUUGAUGGUGCACGGAUGUUUCGUUUAUUUCGAGUUACCGGGGUAUGGGGUGGUGCUCUUUUUGCUCUUGAGGGAGGAUUUCAUCCACGUUGAUAGUUGUGCCAUUCUCAGCUGAACACCAAGAUCGUCAGUAUCGUCCUAUGUCAGCUUGCUUCUGUUUGUGUGAAACACACACGAGGGUGUUAACCAUGGUUUGAGCGCAAGUCGGCGUCGGUCCCCAUUUGAAUGCAAGUUGGGGCGAGGUCCCAGUUGCAGAGCGCUGGCAGUUGUGGUGUAGCGAGGGGCACGCUCUCGAUAGAGCAAAUCCCCUGCGCUAGAAAAAGUUUGCUGUAUAGUCUAGGACCAAAAGGUGUAACAUAAGAGGGUGUGAUUUUCCGGGAUUGCUCGUCUCCCGGUUAGCUUUUGUGAUCAUUGUAUCGCGUUGUUUGAGGAUUUUCUGGGUCCGUUUCUUAUUUCCAUUCUUAGAUCUCUCGAGAUGUGUACCCUUUUUGGGUAGGUGGCCUGUGACUACCGAAGGCGUCACUUGGACCGCUACCGACGUCGUCAGCAGAGAUCGGAAUGGUUUUUAAUGUUAAGACAACGACAACAACUUG